GCAGGAAGUGCCUGGUGGUCAGGAUGGCGGGGUCUGGCUGGGCGCCCCCGCGGUUGGACGGCUUCAUUCUCACCGAACGCCUGGGCAGUGGCACGUAUGCCACGGUAUACAAGGCCUAUGCCAAGAAGGACACUCGAGAAGUGGUUGCCAUAAAGUGCGUGGCCAAGAAGAGUCUAAACAAGGCAUCCGUGGAAAACCUCCUGACAGAGAUUGAGAUCCUCAAGGGCAUUCGACACCCCCACAUCGUGCAGCUGAAAGACUUCCAGUGGGACAGUGACAACAUCUACCUUAUCAUGGAGUUCUGCGCAGGGGGUGACCUGUCUCGCUUCAUCCAUACCCGUCGAAUUCUGCCUGAGAAGGUGGCUCGUGUCUUCAUGCAGCAGUUAGCUAGUGCCCUGCAGUUUCUGCAUGAACGGAACAUAUCUCACCUGGAUCUGAAGCCACAGAACAUUCUGCUGACCUCCUUGGAGAAGCCCCACCUUAAGCUGGCAGACUUUGGCUUUGCACAGCACAUGUCUCCAUGGGAUGAGAAGCAUGUGCUCCGCGGCUCCCCUCUCUACAUGGCCCCUGAGAUGGUGUGUCAGAGGCAAUAUGACGCCCGUGUCGACCUCUGGUCCGUGGGGGUCAUCUUGUACGAAGCCCUCUUCGGGCAGCCCCCCUUUGCCUCCAGGUCGUUCAUGGAACUGGAAGAGAAGAUCCGGAGUAACCGGGUUAUCGAGCUCCCGCUUCGGCCCCCUCUCUCCCGAGACUGCCGGGACCUGCUGCAGCGGCUCCUGGAGCGGGACCCUGGUUGUCGCAUCUCCUUCCAGGACUUCUUUGCCCACCCCUGGGUGGACCUGGAGCACAUGCCCAGUGGGGAGAGCCUGGCACGAGCAACCGCCCUGGUGGUGCAGGCUGUGAAGAAGGAUCAGGAGGGGGAUGCCACAGCCGCGUUAUCUCUCUACUGCAAAGCCCUGGACUUCUUCGUGCCUGCCCUGCACUAUGAAGUAGAUGCCCAGCGGAAGGAGGUGAUUAAGGCGAAGGUGGGGCAGUAUGUGUCCCGGGCUGAGGAGCUCAAGGCCGUCGUGUCGUCCUCCAAUCGGGCCCUGCUGAGGCAGGGGGCCUCUGCCCGAGAUCUGCUCAGAGAGAUGGCGCGGGACAAGCCACGCCUCCUCGCUGCCCUGGAAGUGGCUUCAGCUGCCAUGGCCAAGGAGGAAGAAGGUGGAGGGGAGCAGGAGGCCCUAGGCCUGUACCAGCACAGCCUGGGGGAGCUGCUGCUGCUGCUGGCCGGGGAGCCCCCAGGCCGGAGGCGGGAGCUGCUUCACACUGAGGUUCAGAAUCUCAUGGCUCGAGCUGAAUACCUGAAAGAACAGGUCAAGAUGAGGGAGUCUCGCUGGGAAGAUGAGACCCUGGACAAGGAGGGGCUGUCAGAGUCUGUUCGGAGCUCUUGUACCCUGCAGUGACCCCAAAAGGAUGACUUGGACAGACCACAGGCCACCUGGAGUUGGGGGACACUCACCCAGACUGAUGCCCAGAAUUCUGUGGCCCUGUGCACCCUGGUGAAGCAGUCUUCCUGAAUGGGCAACUCUGCGACCACCGCAUUUCAGAGUCCCCAGCACCCCUCAAGAUACUCUACCCCUCAAAGGCUCUGACAGCCCAGCCCUUGUACGUGCAGGGAGCAUUGGGCCUGGCUGCCAGGGGAGGGGAGCAGGCCUUGGGGAGAAGAGUGUUUCAGAUGACUUUGGUUAACUGGUGGCUGUUGGACUCAGCCUGUCAGUUUGGGGCAUUAGGCUCUGUUUUUGCUCUGAGAAGAGGGCAAGGGGCUGCUGUACCCUGUGCCCCACCCCUGUCAUUCCUGGGAGCCCUUAUUUCAACUCACUUCUAUCCUAGCGCUGGACCAGGGCGCUCUUAAGAUCCCUCAGGGACCACCUACCCCACAGCCGGUGCUCAGCCCCACAGAACUCCCAGUCUUCUUGGAAGCUGAUGCCUGCCCACCCUCUCAGUAUUUUAAGUUAAUCUUUCAAGCCAUGAAAAUAAUAUACUUUGUAGGGUGGGGCAAAUUGGAGAAACUCAUACCUUGUUCCUGCUCUGGCCCAGGAAGUAUCAGGGGAGGGUUUCUUUAUCCUCAUCCUUCCCACCUCCGCCCCUUUUGGAGGAACACCUGUGUGCCACAGAGCUGCUACUGGCUGGGAGCAGGAGGCAUGGGGGCUGCCUGACCCCUCAGAUUUUGGGGACCCACUAGCCAGAAAACCUUCCAGGUCUGACAUGGCUGCUACCCCAGCAUUUGCACUUGGGCAAGCACUUUCCCCUUUCUGGGUCUGGGUCUCCCCAUCUCUCCGUUGGUGUUGCUCAUAGCUCCUUAGCCCCGACCUGGGCUUUAGGAGGACAAAGGACUUUCAUCUGGAGAAGAGUGUGCACACCUAGGGUUAUUGGGGGUUUGUGUUUAAAAUCUGAAAAGCUGUUGAUGAUUUCUAGCCCUUCCACCUUUCAGUGCCUCCUUCGGGCAGGGGUUGUCUCUCUCCCCUGCCAGAGAGUCUGAAGAGUGUCAUUCAUUGUUUCCUUGUUAAUCUGUUUUCUGAACUUGUGAUUGUCUUGUCCUGGAAGGAGAACAUGCGCAGGUCAGGUGGGUAGCCCUUUUUCUAGGCUAGUGCUAUAGAGGCCCCAGGAAAACCUGGGUAACCUCAGGGAGGGCUGGGGGAGGCCACAGGGUGGUGGGCAGAGUGAGAGCCACGUCUGCCUCCUGCCCUCAGGCCCCAGCAGUCAGACUGACCAGCUGCCAUUCCUGCCCACCACCUAAAGGGCUGGUGGGAAGGGGACAGGCACAGGCCUGGGUGCCAGGCCUAGGCCUGUUCUCUUAGCAUCUGGAGACGGGUGGUCUCCGUGGUGGGAGCGCAGUCUUGUAAAACCUGUGCUCUGUACUGCACACUCCCUUGUUCUAGACGUGAUCCCUGGCCUCCCACUCCUUUCCUUGGGCUGUUGAGUGAGCAGGAAGCUGGAUUGGGGCCGAGUACAUUGUUCAAGGUGGCUCAUACUCAAUGCGCAGCCCUCCAGAAUACCUGAAAGCUGGGGUAAUUUCCAGCAGUCUCACCCUCCACCUGAAGGUCUUGGCCUAAAAAGCACUUGGAAGCAUCUUUGGGGACUUGAGGGAUAGGAAGCCCACCUCCCACCCCACCGCCAGCCCCAAGAAGCACCAAGACAGGAGUUGGAUAGACUUACCAGACACCGACCACCAAGAUAACCUUUCAGCCAGCAUUAAAGAAAUGAAACUUCCCUCGAGUCCUUGCCUUGGCCAUCAGGGGACAAUGCAGGGUAGUGGUCCGGAGGGCAGGAGGCAGGGCUACAGUCUUAGCUCUGCCAUUUGGCCAAGAAACCCAUUGAUUAGCCCAGAGAUUUUCAAUCUUUUCAUCUCAUGCACAUAAAUUAAUUACUAAACUUCUACAUCACACCAAAAAAUGUAUUUUUUGCCACCCUGACUGGUGUGACUCAGUGGGUUGUGUGUCCUGCAAAUUGAGAGGUGGCCAGUUUGAUUCCCAGUCAGGGCAAGUGCCUGGGUUGCUGGCCAGGUCCCUGGUUGGGGGUGUGAGAGGCGACCAAUCAGUGUUUCUCUCCCCCUCUUCCUCCCUUUCCCUCUCUAAAAAUAAAACAUUUAAUGUAUAUAUUUUGCUGAUCUGACAAAA